CUGCAAUGUCUUACUGUUGAGGGCCUGAAUGCAAAUGUAGCAUUGAGAGAAAAUAUACAAGCAGCAGUUCAUAAAGAUAUAAAGCCAUCAUGGAUUCUCUGGAAUCACCAUCACCAAACAAAGCUUCCCUUCCUAGUCUAUUCUUCAAUCUGAAAUCAAUUCAAAAUGGUCCGAUUCCUUCGUGGCGCUCUAUCGCUCCUUUUUCUGCUCUCUAUCGGGCUAGCAGUUGCCACUCCCGUCUCUGGUGAAUCAGAUGCCCUCGUGCCUUUCCCUGUCGAUACGAGCCUUGUGCCUAUCAACGGCCUAGAAAGACGUGAUACAUGCAGCACUGUCAAUGCAGUUGUUGAUAAAAUUGGCACCAGCACAGAGAUCAUAGCCUACUUCUCGACCGGGUACUUCUCUACUCUCUGGGUAUGCACAAGGAAUAACGCCCACGAUUGCAAUACUAUGGCAACAGCAGUUGGAUCUUCCUUUGUCUCUAUUUCCUACAUUGCCGGCCGCGUAUGGGGUGGCAAGUCUGUGACCAAGCGAGAUAGCAACGACACUCUUGCUGGCUAUCUCGAAACUGCUUUUCGCUCUGGGGGGGAGGUCUUUGAAGCUAUCCAGGACACGACCCACACCCUUCAAGCCCGAAGUGACUCCGGUUAUGGCGAACUCCCCGUUGAGAUGGCCUCAAUACGAAACUGGGCAUACAACGGUACCUUGGUCAACUUCGACAUUCACGACUUUGGCAAUGGGAAUGGACACAUUCUCCUGCCUCUAGAUGGUAUCGGUGCCCAUAGCUUGAACGGAACGACAUUGAAUAGGCGUGCUGUGGGCAAGGCUCCUGGUUUCAAGAUAUCUUACACCACUCGCAUGGAGUCCAAACUCACAAACGGACACCGAGUUGACAUGGCCAAUGCUAUGGCUUCGGACUGGGCAUCGCGUGCAAAUAGUAAUAACAAGAUGUCCAGCUACAUUGGUCUGUGGAAGACAGGCCAUUCCGCCAAUUUCUACUUCCGCGUCAUUCCGGAGAGCCAGGACUUUGGCACAAACUAUGAGCCGGUCAAUGUUUGUGGACAAAUGGCACAGUUUCUUUAGAUACUCAUGCCACUCGUCGAUAUUUUCCUAUUGUCAUGUUUACGUCUGUGUCGGUUAGAGUCUGCUGCACUCGAAUAAUGCCUGUCAUUACUUGAUUGUCACAUAUUUGUCUACUUUGUGCUAGAAUCUCCAGGUAGACGAUUUGAUAUGAUCAUGUAUUACUAAGUUUGUCUUUGGUGGAUGGCUUUCGCUAUUCGCGAUGGUCGACGAAUAUAUCUUCACUCCCGUUAUGAUGACCAUUUGCAUUGUGCAUCUCACCUGUGCCAUUCAUUGCUAUCUCAAUAUCAUCCUGCAUCCGUGUAAGACCAAUCUUCCGUAUGUUGUCCGAACCCUCCCCUUGCGAGGAGCUUUUCUGACGACUUCUGCUGCCCUCCCCAAUGCAUUUAGGAGCAAAGUGGCGCAUGAAGUGGCGGACAUAAGGAAGAGAGCCACAGAGAAUG